UGGGACGUCGACCGCGGCUUCGUCCACCCGCUUCUUCAGGUCAAAAAAAUUGGCAAGACAUGAAGUGACCGCCGGAUUAAUUUAUGCGGCGGAAAAAGUGUUUUUUGAAAAAAUUGCCGUCGCGCCGAGUUCUCCGUGCCCGAUUUCAAAGUGUCGGCCCACAAAGUGGAUGCGCUCGUUUUCCGAGCCGUUAUCUUCCUGCAGCUCUUCGGCAUGCUCGAGCUCACCACCGUUCGUCCACCACCUCUGGGUCAGAUUGUGGGCGAGGUGAAUCGCACCCUUCUUUGUCUGAGCUCGACCCUGUCACCGGUCAACAAGACCGACCCGAACGUGACCUUCGAUGCUUCAGACGAGUGGAGCUGCCUGGGGGGUGGGUCGGCCCCUGGGGCGACGACGGCCGCCCCGACUCGGAAACGCUCCUCGACGCAGUACUACAUGGCUUGGUGGCAACAGCUGGCCUGGAGCACCGUUUUUGCCGUCAUGGUUUUUGUGGCCGUCGGCGGCAACUCCAUCGUCAUGUGGAUUGUUCUCGCGCACCGUCGCAUGCGGACCGUGACAAAUUACUUCCUCGUCAACUUGAGCGUGGCCGACCUGCUCAUGGCCGUCUUCAACUGCAUUUUCAACUUUGUCUACAUGCUCAACAGUGACUGGCAGUUCGGCAGAUCCUAUUGCACGGUAAACAACUUUGUGGCCAACGUCACGGUGGCUGCCAGCGUCUUCACCCUCACUGGCAUCUCGAUAGAUAGGUACCUGGCCAUAGUGCGUCCGUUGCAGCCCAGGAUGUCCAAGAUGAGCGCCCGGGUCACAAUAGUCGUCAUAUGGGUCGCGUCGGCCACGCUGGGCUUUCCUUGUCUGCUCUACUCGACCACCAUCACGUACAAGUCCAGCGGCGGCCAAGUCCGGACGGCGUGCAUUUUGAUAUGGCCAGACGGGCAGCCGAUGGUGUCCACCAUGGACUACGUGUACAACUUGGUGUUGUUCAUCGUGACGUACGUUUUGCCGAUGGCCGCCAUGGCCGGAUGCUACUCUGCCAUGGGCCGCGAACUCUGGGGCAGCAGGUCAAUCGGAGAACUCACUCAACGUCAGGUGGAUUCGAUCAAGUCUAAGAGAAAGGUCGUUCGAAUGUUCAUCAUAAUCGUGCUGAUAUUCGCCGUGUGCUGGCUGCCCUAUCACGCCUACUUCAUUUACACGCACCACUACAGCUCGGUGGCCUACACCAAGUAUGUGCAGCACCUCUACUUAGCCUUCUACUGGCUCGCCAUGGCCAACUCGAUGGUCAACCCGCUCAUCUAUUAUUGGAUGAACGCCAGGUUUAGGCAGUAUUUCAAACACGCGGUCUGCGUGUGGAAUUGCCAGAAGUUCCGGAGGAAGGAGCCAGUGGUGCACGGAGUCGAGACGCCGCCCAUGUUGGCAAGGUACAGCCAUUCAUACUCCCGAUCGCGAUCAGGCACAGCUGAUGAUGCGCAACCGCGGAAUGGUGGACAUAGAGCCGCCUCGAGUAGCAACGGAAAUAAUAACCCUGGACGACAGGUGUGCGUGUGCAUUGAGAACCCUCCCCCACCAAUUCGAAUGUCGCAAAAUAGCAGCCGACCAAUCCACGACCUCAGUGGAAAUGGUUCCUCUGGCAGUCGCUCAGGACGCCACCAUCACCAUACCGGAAACCGACGGUGUCGCCACAGCAGUCGGAACAACAACGGUGCGAACGGUUUGAACAACGACCGGCGAGACCCCAAUUAUUGGCGCAACCGCAACAAACUACUCUUUCAGCUGAACGAACGUAGAGAGGACGGAAGUCACAGUGGUGGCGGCAGCGGAGGGGAGGGUUCGAAGGAGCAAGUUGAGAUUUGCGAAAUGACCACCAGGGCUCCUUCGACCAAACGUAAAGUGACCAUGGAGACCUCCAUUGAUGUUUGACACAAUAGGUAUUAAUAGUUCAGUUUUGGUUUUAUUAACUGAAAGAAAGAAGAUUAUAAAUGGUGAAAGUUUAAUUAUGUGUUCUGCAUCUGCGCAAUAUGGUCGCUUCUUUGAUGUUCCAAUAUGCAAUGAGGAAAUGAGUAUUAUAUAGAAAUCACUCGUCAGGAAAAAAAGGAGUGAAACUCACUAUUUUGAAUACUGUACUUGAAGAAGAAAGUUGUUGUUGCUCAUUGAUCAGUUCAUGUGUAGUAAAAAAAUAACAAAUAAUACAUACUGUUGAUUAUUAAAAAAUUUUACGGGCAAUUUUAUCUUUUGUAAAAAUAGGCUGUAUUCAUACUCUAGUUCAUACAAAAGGCGGGUAAUUGGCACUAACAAUAAUUAUUGUAAGGGCGAUUCAAGGCGGUGUGUUGCAAAUUUGUAGAAUUCAAAAUGAACUUCAUAUUUAACCAGAGUAAAUGCCAAUAUAAAUUAGAACUGGAAUAUGUAAUAAAUUUUAUUUUAAAUAAUGAUGAUUAUACCAAGCAGAUCCCUAGAAGAAAUGUAGGCAACAUUUGCAACAAACCUGUAAAGCCGGUUGCAUAUUUACCAACAUUUCAGGCAAUGAGGGAUUUAAGUUAACACUGACGUAAGAAAAGUUUGAUUCAAAAGGAAUAAUAUUGAUAUUAGAUUAAUUUCUUUACUCCAAAUUGAACCGCCCAUUUUCUCCUAACUGAGGCUGAGGAUAAAAAUUAUCUCAUUUGAAUUUCCUGACUCAAUUUUUUUCAGCUUAAAGUUAUCUUAAACAGUCCUAUAAAAGACGUUGCAAUCUGUGUAAAAAUAUGUUUAUUCAAGACGCUCCUCUCAAUGUUGGUUGAACAUCGUAAGUGUUACUUUUGACACCUUACUCUUGCUGUAAACGCUGCAAUGCAGGAAUAUUCAAAUUUUGACGUUGAAAAGUUUGCCAAAACUUUCCAUAGGUGUGUGGGUAUGUGCAUGUAUUUUGGAGCUGCGGAUUUGGCCCGACGCUCUUUGCAGGUUAAUGUGGUACAUGCGCACGAUUUUCGCAGCUGGGCGUAAGAGAUAAGGCGCGGGCGACGCAUUUGUCGAAAUUUAUAUGCGGGGCAUGCAAAAACGCUUAAAAAUAUAUAGGCAAGCGUGGAGAGUGAGAGGCAAAGAGAAAUGACGAUUGAGCUGCCAAAUAACCAAGUGUAUAUGUAUAUGUAAAGCAGCCGAAUCGCGGGAUGUGCGAAUAAAGCCGUCUGGGGCAUUUGCAUGUCUAUCUGAAAAAAAAACGUUUAGUUCCGGACAAAAUUUGUAAAGCUCAAACUGUUGCUUUUCCCACGUCUAUCUCAGAUAACCACAAGGUUGACGCUUGAAAAUCAAAAUAAAUCAAAUAGGUUCUAAGUUCUUUGCUCAAAAGUGAUUAUUAAAUCUAAGUUCAAAUUAAUUUUUUUCUGCCAUUAUCUUGAGCAGAUAUUUUAGAAAACAAUGUCCUUGUAAUGUUUACUAUUUGCUCAUAUCAGUGCGAGUAAGGACCACUCUUGAUAUAUAUUGUUUGUUGAUAAGAGACUGCCGCCGCUCUGAUUUUGAUGUCGAAUUCACAAUAAAUACACGACGGAGAGAAAAUUCCAAGGAUAAUUUGUGUGUCUGUGUAUUGUAAAAGAAAAUCAAUACUCAUUGAAGGCCCAUGUGAAAAAGAGAAUGUUAAUAUUAAAAUUUUGAAUCGAACAACUUGAGAACUGAGACAGGGUAAUAAAACAUCUAAAA